CGACGCGCCGAGCGUCAUGUCAAACGUCUGCUUACCUUUUUAAGCGGGUUUUAUUUCUGCUGGCCUGUCCAUUCUCGGUUCGGAACGUUUUUAUUCGCGUGAAAAUCCAAUCCUCGGCCGCGUUAACCGUGUCAUAUUAGCCGGAAGUGUCCGGACCACCCUCCGGUGCAGUGAGUUCGCGAGUGUUCGGGCCAGAAUCGAACGAAUCAGUGUUUUCCCGCGGGGGCAAAAGUUUGCGCGUGGGCUUCUGCUGCUGGGUUCUUUGUUGGUGUAUGUGUGGUGUGAGAGGGCCAAGGCAAACUAAAGAGGAGGAGGAGGAGGAGUGGAAAGAGGGCCAGAACCUUGUGUGGAGCCCACCCCGUCGGUUCCCGCCACCCCCAGGCAGGGGAAGCGAUUUUGCAAUCGAUAGCAGAUUAACGACCCCGUCGGCUGGAGUUUGAACGCGCUGGCAAAGAGGAAGGAAGAGGAGGAGCCCGGAUGGAGUCAAAGAAUGGAAGUAACAGUGGGGGUGGUGGCCCGGGGUCAUCGGGCCCACCGUCGUCGGCCACUGCUGCUGCUGGUGGCGUCGCCCCAUCGACUGGGUCUGGAACCAAUUCCAAGAAUCGGAAGGCACCUCCUAAAAAGAAGGAAAAGGACACCGAAGUGGCCAAACAACAGCAACCGACCAAGGUGGAACAGUUCCAGACCGAUCACGAGCUCUUCAUGCAGGCCUUCGAGAAGCCAACACAAAUCUACCGGUACUUGCGAACACGCAACAUGAUAUCGCCCAUCUUCCUAAAUCGCAACCUGUCGUACAUGUGCCACCGGAUGUCACGCUCGCACAAAACACGCAACAGCUUCAAGAUCGACUCGAUGCUGAACCAAAAGAUGAACAAACUGCGCAACGACAAAGCCAACGGCAUUUCGCUGACGGGCGAGUACCUGACGGUGCUGUUCCUGGGCUUUUUCGACAAGCGUGACCAACAGACGGUCGGCGAUGAUCCGAUGGAUGGGUCCAAGCCGCAGCAAGUUGUGGGGGACCACGGUGAGAAUGGGAGCAGUGCCAAGACCGUGCAGGUCGAGACGGUGCUGCUGAAGGUGUCACACAACAAGCGGAAGGACAUUGCGUCGGCGCUGAUGCAGGUGGCCGUUGGCAAGUCGGACGUGCUGGUGAAUCCGGUGGAGAAGCCGGCGGACGAUAAGGUGCCCACGAUUAGCAUAGCGACCGAGUCGUUUAGUUCGGUUGGGGUGAACCAGGUGGCGGGUCCGCAGCUGUCGUUUCUGUUGCUGUUUCGGGUUCACAUGCACACGAGCGGUGGCGGAAACGGGUAUUGUCCGAUUUCGAACGGGAGCGAUUCGUACGAGAAUGGUGGGAGCGAUGAGGAGCCGUCGGCGAAGCGGCAGAAGAUUAGCGGCAGUACGAAGCUGUUUGGGACGGAGUUGAUCAUUUACGAUAAAUACGGACGGUGUCUGUUGAAGGAGGGAGAUUACGAGCUUACUGUACAGGAAAUACUACCUCACCAGCAGCAGAUGCAAAAGUACAACUCGCCGAAGAAGAACGCGACCUGGGAGACGAUCCAGCCGAUCAAUGGCGAACGGAACGAACUGGACAUUGUUGACAUUUGCAAGAAUCAGAACGGGUUGGAUGACCAGAAUCCGAUUCUGGCGUUCAACAAGUCACCGGUGUUGAAGUUCCGCUUGCAGUGGACGAAGGAGGCGCUUCCGGGGCUGGUGGACCGACCGCUUCCGAUCACGAUCACGUUGAACAACAACGAGGGCAACGACAAAGAGAACCACAAACCGGACCAGUUGUCUGGGUCGGCGUUCAGGAAAAACCUCAACAUUAACAUCAACAACAACACCAUCCUGACGCCAGCGGCCGCCGCCGGCAACGUUCCUCCGCUGGACGCGAACUCUGGCGCGCUGGUUCCACUGACCUCCAACAACAGCGGCACGGCGUCAUCCUCGACCGAGGUGAAACGCUACGCGGACGAGCCCAAGAUCGACCACAUCAUCUACCAGUUUGUGUACAACAACAACUCGCGCCAGCAGACGGAAACCAAGUCGGACUUUCACUGUCCGUGGUGCAGCCUGAACGCCGGCUCGAUCUACCCGCUGCUGAAGCACCUGAAGCUGUGCCACGCGCGCUUCAUCUUCACGUACAUUCCCAUCCCGAACGGUGGGGCGCGGAUCGACGUGUCCAUCAACGAGCUGUACGACGGCUCGUACAACGGGUCGCCGCACGACCUGCUCGGCUCGGCGAGUGCGUUCUCGCGGCGCGGGCCCGUCCGGCGGACCGUGGUCACGAACCUGCUGGUGUGCCGGCCGCGCCGCACCAAGCACAGCCUCACCGAGUUUAUCGAGCUGGACGAGAACGAGUUCGACAGCCAGCGGCCGUUCAUCACCGGGCAUAGCAGGAUGUACCACCACACGAUGACGUGCCUGCCGGUGCACCCGAAGGAGCUGGACAUCGACUCCGAGGGCGAAAGCGACCCGCUCUGGUUGCAGCACAAAACGAUGCAGAUGAUCGACGAGUUUACCGACGUGAACGAGGGCGAGAAGGAGCUCAUGAAGAUGUGGAACCUGCACGUGAUGAAGUACGGCUACGUCGGGGACUGCCAGAUCCCGGUGGCGCUCGAGAUGUUCAUCGAGUGUCGCGGGCGGGAACUGCUGCGGAAGCAUCUGUACCGCAACUUUGUGCUGCACAUGAGCUCGAUGUUCGACUUUGGGCUGGUGUCGCCCGAGGUCAUGCAGAAGACGAUCCGGAAGCUGCAGAAACUGCUGUUCGAAAGUCCCGACCUGCAGCGUCAGGUCGCCACGACCCGCAAGGAGCAAAUGGAGUACUGGAACACCGUCACCGUACACAAACAGGUUCAGCCAAAGAUUGAAAAGGCCGCGGAGAAAGCUGGCGCUGGCGCCGGCGGACCUCCCGGCACGCCCUCCCACAAGCUUGGUGGAGCGGGCGGCGACAAGAAGGUGAAACCAACAAUUACCCCCGCCAAGAAUCUGGCUUCCACGUCGGCCUCGGCCAUCGACCGUAACGCCAUCUCACCACCCCGCCGUCGAAGUGCCAGCGCGGCCCUCCUCUCUUCAUCCGCCAACAGUAACAACACUGCCAACAACAGCAAACAACAACAGCAACAACACAGCAACACAAACCAUCAUCCCUCAUCAACAACCCACAGCUCAUCUUCUCAAUUGUCGUCCCUUUCUGCCUCACAUUCUAACAACAAACGCUCAUCUGCUGCGGCGGCCGCCGGCAACAGAACUCAGAACGCUACUAGCAACAGCAGCAAAAAGACCUCCACCAUCACCACCCGAAGAAAGUCGCUUUCGGUUGGCACCCACCAGCAGCAGCAGCAGCAACAGCAGCGCAAACGGUCCAUCAACUGACUCGGGGCAGCUACCAGCGGGUCCGGCAUCCGGAUGCUGUGAUGAGUUCUGUAGCUGCUGCGUUCCGGGCGAGUGAAUCGGGGAGCGAGCGAAUGUUUUGUUGAGAGUGUGUGAGUGUGGGCGAGAGAGGAACACGUUGUGGGAGGUCGGGUGAUAGUACGAACGCGCCUUUGUGUUCGCUUUUUUUUUAGGAAUAUAUAUUAUUGUAAGUAGAAAGCAAAGUCGGUUCCACGGAGGCGAGGAGAGGUACAACGCAACAAAAAAAAAACCCAAGUUCAGGAAAGAUUUCUCAAACAACCUACAAAUUUCAAACCAUAAUUUACAAAACUGUGUCUGUAGAGUAUCGUCGGUGUGGAGGAAAUACGUAUUUUCACAACAAACAAAACAAGAAAACUAAAGAAAUAUCAGAUAAUAUAUACUUUUAAGGUCUACCAACAAUAGGCACGCCAACCAAUACCCAAAAUAUAAACACACGCUCCCCGCGCCGGGUGACAAUUGUGAUUUUUGUCGACUGCCACACACGAAUUGCACCUGCGUGAGAGAUCAACACACACACACAAAAUACAACACAACAAAAGGUCUUUCGUAGAAAGAUAAGUUAUUGAAAGGGCAAGGUUAGUUGUUUUAUUUCUGCCAUUUUCUUUACACGCUUCUAUUCGAAAAAAAA